GUGCAGAGAGGACUGUGAGGUCAAGUUGAAGACUCGCACAGCUUCUUUUUCAGCAUAGAAAGCGAAGCUUCUCUUUUCCAUCAUUAUUACCCUCUCGGAAUUCUUGCUUCUUUGUAAUACCCAUCUCCCCAAAAAACAGAGACACAGAGAAACAGAGUGAAAGAGAGAGAGAGAAAAAAGAAAAGAAAAGAGAGAUGGAGUUUGAGCUUGAAGACCCAGUAACAAGCUUCGAAGAGCAGCAAUCUGAUAAAAUCUCAAAUCUCUUCGCCUCUGAAUCUGAUCACAUGCCCUCACAGAACUUCUUAAGCAGCUUAAUGGACAGUGAUUUCCACGUUUCUCUUCGCUGCGAAGCUAUUUCUUAUAUGUCACAGAUUUGUUCCACUUCACAGUUCACCAGCAACUUGGACCCGUUCAUUCCUUACCUUGCUGUCAAUUACAUGGACCGGUUUAUUUCAAAGAAAGAAAUCCCGGAAGGAAAGCCGUGGGUGCUGAGACUCCUUGUAAUAUCUUGCCUCUCUCUAGCAGCAAAGAUGAAGAACACGCCCUUCUCGCUCUCUGAUUUCCUGAGAGAGGAAGGUCAUAUCUUUGACGCGCAGGCAAUAAGUAAAAUGGAGCUUCUCAUUCUCGAUGCUCUGGAUUGGCGUAUGAGAUCAAUGACACCUUUCCCAUUUUUGGACUUCUUCCUAUCUUUAUUCGAACUCAAAGAUCCACCAUUGAUCCAAGCCCUCAAAUGUCGAGCUUCAGAGAUAAUCUUCCAUGCUCAUAAUGAAGUCAAGCUUUUAGAGUACAAACCAUCGAUAAUUGCAGCAUCGGUGCUUCUUUCCGCCUCUUACCAGCUAUUCCCAUUGCAAUUUCCUUCUUUCAAAGCUUCGAUUUUGUCUUGUAAAUACAUAAACAAAGAGAACUUGAUGAAUUGCUUCAAUGUGUUGCAAGAAAUGGUGGUGGUGGUGAUGGUGGAGGGGUACGAGUCAAUGGUAGAUGCGGAGUCGAGCACAAGGAUCCCAACGAGCGUACUGGACCGUCGUUGUACAAAAUGGGAAUUUAAGAACAUCGCCACCACUGAUACCACUGUAGUGCCAGACAAGAGGGAAAUCAAGCGGCGUAAAAUGAAUGGCGUCUGCUGCCAGAUCAAGCAGAGCUCAAUGGAGUGGAGUGAGGCAAAUAAAUGAACUGCUCGAGGUCUCUGUAUCACUCUCAUCACCAAAACAGGACAAAAGGAGGAGAAAUGGAGGGCUGUGAAUUGAAGUAUUAAAAAAAAAAAAACAAAAAUCAACGGCUCACAAUGAUGAGGCUGAUUCACCAAUGAAAUUUUAUACUCCUUCUCCUAGUCCUUUGUCUUCUUGAAUUGGGCGAGUUUGGUUGUGUCCCUUGAAAACGCAAGAACUCAAGUUCAUUUCGUGGUCAACGCAUGGUAGAAAUUUAGCAGAAAGUAAUAAUUGCAUUGAGUAAUGGUGGGAAAAAAAUUAACAUAAACUUGUGUGUGUGGACAAGAGAGAAACAACGUUGUAGACACGCAGCUUUCUUGAAGAUACUAGGAUCUUUUCUUUUUUGACAUAAAAAUACCAGUAUCUACGUCACAGAUGGAAAUCACCUGCAGAAAUAGCAAUUUCAACAAGUUAUGUAAGAAAAUUUAUUCCACCAUUUAUUUUGA